CCACCAGCAUGGCUGCGGAAGCAACCGAAGAAGAGCCGCGCACGCCGUCGCGCGACCAGUCACAGCUCGCAAAGGUCGACAGCAAUGGCAAAGAGAGCGUAGAGGAGGACUCAGAUGAUGAUGAGGACGCCGAGGAUGAAGAACCGAAGCUGAAGUACAAUCGCCUGACCAGCAAUCUGCUGCCGCUAUACCGAAAUGGCGACGCGACGAGUACCUUUGUGGUUGCGGGGGAUAAGAUGAUCGUCGGCACACAUAAUGGAAACAUUCACGCCAUCAACAUCCCUGCAUUCCAGACACUUCGCACCUACAACGCACAUCCGUCCGCCUCUGUGACUGCGCUCUCAGUGUCACCGCUACUACCUUCACAGCCCUUCGUACCGGCAGCCGAUCCCGUCGACUCUUCCUCAAGACGAACCGCAUCCCCUGCUGCCCAAACUCCAUCCCCACGCACGCCGCGCCAGGCUCAAGUGCCUGCGAUACCAUCUAACCAGAUAUACAUCGCAUCCGCUUCCAUAGACGGAACCGUCUGCGUACAAUCCUUGACAGAUUCCAAAGAUGUUACACUGCGGAAUUUCGGGCGCCCAGUACAAGCCGUCGCGUUGUCACCGAACUACAAGUCCGAUCGGUCGUAUUUGUCUGGUGGCCUGGCUGGAGAACUUAUUCACACUAUCGGAGGCCAGAUAGGAGUCAAGUCGAACGCGAAUACUAGCUCCGCGUCACAAGCUGCUGCAGGAUGGUUGGGCGCCAUUGGACUGGGUGGUCAUGGGGGCAAGGACACCAUACUGCACUCUGGGGAAGGCACUAUUAGUGGCAUUAAAUGGUCUCUAUCUGGCAAAUUUGUGGCUUGGUCGAACGAAUAUGGCAUCCGCAUCAUACGAACGGAUCUUCAUCUUGACAGUGCCGACUCCGACCUAGCAUGGAAGCGGGUGGGUUUUGUCGAAAGACCCAACCGUCGCAUUUGGGAGGAUAUGGCCGGCGUGUGGAAGGCGCGGAUGGAGUGGGUUGAUGACCAGUCUCUCGAGUCGGAUGAAGACGAUAGCAUGAGUGUGAAUGGGGGCAAGUCGGAUUCUACACUCCCUCACCAGAGACUUGCGCAGACCCCACACAGUGCGAAGAGAAGGAAGGUUGAGAAAUUAGUCAUUGGCUGGGGAGACACAGCUUGGAUCGUCCGUGUGUAUCCUGGUGGCACCGGCACUGGUAAGAACGUUGGCGAGAAGUCUGUCGGCAGUGCCGAAAUUGUUUAUCGGACCCGCGAUGACGACGACAAUCCCAUCACUCAGGACGAGAAAACGCCACGGCGUGGCAUGCAUCGGAGAGCGAAUGGAUUACAGCCUGAGCUCAAGCUCAUCAAUCCCGCGACACAAGACGAAGUCGAAGUUGAUUCGUUGACAGUGAGCCGCUUUGAAACCCUCUCCGCAGCUGAUUACCACUUGGGCACUUUAUACGUACCCCACCCACAGACCAUGACUCCUGCACAGAGAAGUGCACUAGAAGCUAUCGGCGGUGGUAUCUGGGAUGUAGGAGCGGGAGCAGCGCGGAUUCUUAGUACUGGAGCCAGCGUCAUGAACAUCCCGUUCAGCUCUGACUCCAAAACACCUCCGCGUGCCCCAUCCAUGUCGUCUGCGAGCGCCGGAAACGUGUCCUCGUCUGCGCCCGGAAAGCGACCAGCUCAGAUUCAUCCAAACGCCGCGACAGCUGGUCUUAAGAUCUUUAUACACAGUCCUUAUGAUUGUGUUUUGGCCAUCAAGCGUGAUCUUUCCGAUCACUUCCAGUGGGAAUUGGAGCACGAGAAUUACAAAGAUGCAUGGGAGCUAUUGGAAGACCAUCCAGAAAUAGCAGCAUCCGCUGCUCAAUUACCUGCGUCCGAAGGGUCUCCAGCAAGCACACCUUUGAAAAAGCAAGGCAGUCUACAUGAGUUUUUCGCUGAUGAAAGCGAAUCACAAACAACUGUAUCUGCCACAAGAGCGAAUCAGAAUUCGGCAAUUGAAAAAGAAAAGAGACGCAUUGGUGACCUGUGGGUGCAACAGCUUGUAAGCUCCGACAACUGGAAAGAGGCAGGUAAAGUCGCUGGACGUGUACUUGGCACAUCGGCAAGAUGGGAACACUGGGUCUGGAAGUUUGCGCAAACAAACCACUUCAACGAGAUAUCGCCAUACAUACCCAAAAAGCCGAUGCAGCCACCACUACCUUCGAUGGUUUAUGAGGUGGUACUUGGACACUACAUCAUACAUGAUCGGAUACGUUUCAAACACGUACUUGAGGCUUGGGAUACGGACCUUUACGAUGUCAACAGCGUUAUUGAGGCUAUCAAAAGUAAACUCUCCGCUGGCGAUGUCACGGAAGACUCUAUCGAGGGCGAUGUACAAGGCAGAGACUGGCGAAUAUUGCAAGAUGGGCUUGCCAAGCUGUUCCUUGCAAGCGGUAGGCAAAGAGAAGCUCUGCGGUGCUAUAUCCGUUUACAGAACGCGGACGCUGCCAUGACGCUGAUUCGGGACUUCCAUCUCGUAGAAGCUGUACGCGACGACAUACCUGGAUUCAUUAUGAUGCGAGUAUCAAAAGACCAAAUGGAUUCCGCGACGUUGCCGGAGCUAGAGGAAGCGUCUACGGAAGCAAUCAACGUACUCGUUGAGGAGGGGUGUCGAGGUACAAUACCUGCAUCUGACGUCGUGUCGCAAUUGCAACAAAAGAAGGAGCCGUUCCAGCCAUUCUUAUUCUUCUACCUCCGGCGAUUAUGGAAACCGGAGAUGCAUGAGCGGACAGGAAAGACGGCAAAAGAACGGGUAGCUGAAGACCGUCUGGCCGCUGAUGGCAAGAUCGUCGCGGAAGAGUUCGCAGACCUCAUGGUCGAUCUCUUCGCAGAAUACGACCGAGAACUGCUCAUGGAGUAUUUGAGAAAGAGUCAAAGCUACGAUCUGAGCAAGGCGACGGCUGAGUGCGAGAGGAGGGAGUAUAUCCCAGAGCUUGUACACAUCCUCUCAAAGACCGGCCAAACGAAGCGUGCCUUGUAUCUCAUCAUUAAAAAGCUCUCCGACGUCAGCUUUGCGAUUUCAUUUGCUAAGGAACAAGACGACUCAGACCUUUGGAACGAUCUACUAGAAUACUCCAUGGACAAGCCACAUUUCAUUCGCGGGCUCCUCGCCGAAGUUGGCACCGCCAUUGACCCUAUUAAGCUUGUGCGCCGCAUUCCUGAAGGACUAGAGAUUGAAGGUCUGCGAGACGGUAUCGGUCGGAUGGUCCGCGAGUACGAGAUCCAACACUCCAUCUCCGAGGGUGUAGCAAGAGUGCUGCGCGGCGAGGUCGCAGCCGGCAUGGACACACUUCGUGCUGGACAGAAAAGAGGUGUCAAGUUUGAAGUCGAGAUAUGCGACGACAGUCCAAGACACAAGAAACACGACAAGGGCAUCGAUGUUGUUGCAAAGGGUAUUGAACCCGCGAGGGCAGCUAGAGCAACAGCGACAGCAGAUGACAAAACCACAGCCGUCACAUCUACAACAAACGCAGCACAUAUCGACCCUCCUGCUCCCGAGGCUCCCGUGGGCGAAGCACCUCCCGGCCAUUGCACCGGAUGUCACCGCCCCUUCACUCUACCCACACCCGAAGAGUCGGAGAUCAUAGACGGCCCAUUGCCUUUGUCACGCGACACACUCGUGGGCUUCGCAUGCGGCCACGUCUUCCACCUCAGCUGCCUACUCCCCAAGACAAGCGCCAGCGCCAGCGUAGCAGCCACGCUCCAACAACAACUCGCCAGCGACGCACUGGAAGGCGAGGGCCGGUGGACGCGAAGCGUAGGUGCAAAAGUAGCGCACGCACAUGUCAUCAAGAACGCCGUCGGGCGCGGAUGUGUCGUGUGUAGGGAGAAAGAAGUCAUCGAUGAUGAGUAG